CGUCGCGCUGUCGCGCCUUGGGGCCGUCACGCGUCCGCCAGGCUCUGGCCUUCGCAGCACCGGGCCCUCCCGCCUCAUGGCGGCCGUGCUGUCCGCCCUCCUCCUGCUCCUGCUCCUCCUGCCCCCCGCCCGGGUUGCAGCCACGGCCCACGGGCGCCCCACCAGCAAGGGGGUGACCUUGAACCCUGACCCGGCUUGUGGCCGUCGUCACGUGCAAGGGAAGGUCAUCGGGGGCAUGGAUGCCUCUGAGAGGAAGUGGCCAUGGCAGGUCAGCGUGCACUAUGCAGCCAUCCACAUCUGUGGUGGGUCCAUCAUUGACGAAUAUUGGGUACUGACGGCAGCCCACUGCUUCAACAGUUACAUGAGCAUUGAGGUGCUUGAUAUAUACGUGGGCCUUGUGAACCUCAGGGUCGCAGACAAUCACACCCAGUGGUUUGAGGUGAAUCAGUUGAUCCUGCACCCUACAUAUCAGAAGCACCACCCUGUCGGAGGUGACGUCGCACUGGUGCAGCUGAAAUCCCGCAUUGUGUUUUCUGACUCUGUGCUCCCAGUCUGCAUUGCACCCCGCGAUGUGAAGCUUAAGAACAUUGCUUGUUGGGCCACAGGAUGGGGAUCCAUUUCUCCAGAAGGCAAGUCCUCAGACAAGCUGCAAGAGGUGCAGGUGCCUCUGAUCUCAUCUUCCCUGUGCCGGCUGCUCUACGGAGAAAUGUCAGAGGUUCAGUCGGACAUGCUGUGUGCUGGGGACCUAAGAAAUUGGAAGACCACGUGCGAGGGUGACUCGGGGGGCCCACUCGUCUGUGAAUUCGACCACAUCUGGUUGCAAAUUGGAGUAGUGAGCUGGGGCAGAGGCUGUGCCUACCCCAUGUACCCCGCUGUCUAUGCCCGUGUCUCCACUUUCUCAGAAUGGAUCCGUUCUCAGAUAAAAUACACACCCCCACCUGCUCAGCCACUCCCCAGUCUCUCCUCCACCCUGGGGGCCGCCGCCAGUGUCCUUGUGACCAUGCUGGCCAUCCUGUCAACGUUGUGAGGGCUGAGGCCCCCAUUCCAGCUUCCUCACGCUGUGUGCCUAUGUCCCUGCCCGGCUCAGCCACUCAGGUCUCCUCAGCUGAGCAAGGUGAGGCCCACUGGCCAGGGCUAGUGCAGGGUCGGGAAGUGGGGGGCACCGGGCCACACCUGGGAAGGCAGAGCCGUCGCACCACAGGAGGGUCAGGAUGCCUGGAGAGCGGUGCAUCCUGACUGAAUGCUCUGGGCACCUGAGAUUCAGUAAGAUAUUAAAUAUUUGCAAAGCAA